AUGAGCAUAUCAAGGACCCGAUCACAGACAAUUGUUGCUGAUGCUGUUGAGGAGAACGCGUGGGCGCAGCUUGGUUUUAUCAGCAAUCUCCUAGUCCGCUGCCGGCCUUCCGCCCUCCGUCAAAAGUACUUGACUUGCUGCGCGUGGAGUGCAAGUCAGUUGAGGUUAACCUCCAUAGGUAAAACCAGUGGCUUGCAUCUACGUCUAGUGAAGCUGCUGCUACCGUCCAAAAGUCAUUUGAGCACAGCUCUAUCGAACAGCUACCGUUUGCGCGGCUCAAGCUUUAAAAAUAUCUUCGUGCGCAAAAGCAUGACCACAGAAGAGCGCAGUCGUGAGCUCUUCGGUAAGAGUGUAAGGCGCGCAAUGACCAACUUGGCAACCGUGUUUAAAUCGCCCGUG